ACAUGGCGAGGGGAGUAGAGGAAGGAGAGAGAGUAGAGAGAAAGGCAGGCACAAAUCGUUUGUCUAUGCUUUGGGUUGUCUAUCUCCAUGGGGCUUACAGUCAUGGCUAAAACUGAUUACUCGCCUGGCCAAGAGGAUAGGUGGCGGCAAAUGGGAUUCCAAAUACUGAUUGCAAUAAAGCCACAAAAUCGUGAAGAAUGGGCAAAAAAUUUUUGGGGUUGCUACCAGAAUGAAGAAUACUUUCGAGAAAAUAGAAAAUACCAACGAACUUUUUGGCAUUGUGCAUGUUAUACAUAAAGCAGGCAUUUUUGAUUUUCAUUUUCAGAGCGGUUUUUACCGAAAAUGAAUGCAAUUUACCUUGAUCCCGUUUUUAACCAGGUUAAUGACAAAAGUGUUCAGAAAUUGAAUGACAAAAUUAUAUUAUGAGCAGAGUUGAAAAUUUAACGAACUAAAAUAUCUUCAGGUGAAGUAUUAAAUUUCACAAAGUAGUAUAAACUCUUUUAUUAAUAUUAACAGCUUGCAACCCGUAAGCUCUUUAUGGUUAAAGUUUCUUUCAUUUAAGAACCUCAUUCUGUAAUUACUUAAGUCCCCAGCUUACUGCCACUUUUUCGCUGCCAGAACAAACUGCCUCAACUUUAUCUUCGAUGAAGGAUAUAUUUUUUUUGUUCUUUUGAGCUGCUCAAGCUGCAUUUCCCGCUGACCAAGUCAAAAUAUUGCACUGGUCAACUAUUGUGAACUGCGGUCGACUGGCCGCCGCUCCUUCAGAGGUUGGGCUUGCGGAGGGAUGGAACUGGAAGCUCGGAACUCUGGGCCCAGCACCUCGAUGGCCGCACAGAGUAAACCGCGCUUGCUGGCUGCGGUUGCCGGCAAUUUGUGUUGCAUUGUUUGAAAUUUUCGGCAUCAUUCUGCGAGCAGCUGACAGUCCAAGCUUCCUUCGGCUUUGCGGUGGGUGGUAUAUAUGUACGUUCUUUUUUUUCGACUUUCUCUCCGUCGAGAUGUUAAAACAAAUGUUGCUUUAAUGCUGCGGUCUGGUCAGUCCUCUGACUGACUGACUAACGUUGGUCUCUCCUUCCUUUUUGGCCUUCAUUUCCGGGCAGCAACAACAAUCAGAAGGAAAGGAAUCCUGGCUAAUGUGAUUGCAGAGUGGCGUGCUUCCGGCUGCAAGCAAGUCACUUCCAAAUUGAUUAAAACAAAGGAUUUGCUAGGCAGUCGACUGACUAGUCGACAAUCAAGCCUAAUGAAGACAUGCCUACAACCAAAUUUGCUAGUUCAUCCUGGUCAGCUGAAGUUGGUUUUAGUCUUUCUCUCACUAUAUCCCACAGGAAAUAAGCUCGGCAAUAAACGCUUCCAGGAUUAAUUGUUUGCAUAAUCAAGCUUUUGCUUAAGGGGUUUUAUUGCCCAUGCUUCAAAGGCUACCCUUCUGCCUGGCUGCCAUUUUGCCUGAUUUACGUUGCGUAUACGCAAUAUUUAUGGCACCUUCAAUUAAUUGUGCGUUAGAUUAUUUAAGCAUCCUUUACGCAAAGGCCCUUGCGACCCCCUUGAAUUAUUAGUAGGCAUUAAUUUUUCAGAGACCUGGCUUAGCAUUAGCAUUAAGUUUGCUCCCCGUCGUUCUGCACGUGGUAUGCCUUUUGGGUUUUGUUAGUUUGUUGAGGUAAAUUGAGUUGAGUUGCGUUGAGUUGAGCGGAGGUUGACAGUUUAAGCCCUCAACGGUGAUUGACUGCCGUCCCAUCAACCACGCCUUUGGGUUUAGCAAUUUUCAGAGCCACUGUGGCAAACGUACAAUGGCCAUAUCGGAUCGUAGCUGAUAUUGUAUUAUAUAUAUUCAUUGUGUAUGGCACGAGUACUGCCUCAUCCAUUCUGAUGCAACGAUUUAUAUUCGCUCUGCUUGGCAUUUGGUUUAUCAAUCAGCGAAACAUUUUCCAUAUAUGAACGCCAUAUGCACAGCACCAGCUACCCGGCUGAGUAUUAUCCAUUAAUCAUGGCCCAUUCGUAUAUGCCCUUGUACCAGGCAUAUGCAUAUUGAUUUUCUUACGACCAUCCCGAAACUGUUGUCCCAAAUUAGGGCUCAUUCUUUGGUCCUGCAUAUUCAGUAGUCCCAUCUCGCAUCAUUUAUUUCAAUCGUUGCAACAAUGCAAUGCUGGCUGCUACCCAUUUCCCAUUGUUUUUGCCGCGAUGCGAUGCGAUGCGUUCCACGAGCUGGACAUAAUUAAAACCGCAAAUAGCGCGCCAGCAAUGCCCGAUGGCCGUUGAUCGCUCGCCGCAGAAUAACGCAUAAUGCCAGCGGACUGAGCCAACAAACGAUGACCAGCAUCUAUUAUCCAUUGUCUAGGCCAUACGCCAUCCGCCAUACGCCAACAGCCACCCACCACCAUCCAUAUCAGAUGACCACCAUUCCUCCUCCUACCCAUUCCUGCCAAAAAUAAAAAAAAGGAAAGAAAAAACCACCGCUGACAUGUGAGCAAUGGUCGGGCACACAAUGCACCUUUCUUCGCACACAUAUGCCACAUAUUCAGGGCAUACAAUUUCAAAAUUGUAAUUAUGCGCCUGCUGGCUAGUUAAUUACACUGAACAAAACGACAAACAAACCAAAAAAAAAGAUUUUUAUGUGCAAAAUCAACAUGGCAAACCACGUAUACGCCCCGUUAAACCGUUUAUUAGUUUUGGAUUUCCAUUUGAUUUCGUCCGGGCAAUAGAUUUUGCUGCUUCAAUUAGUAGAAUUAAAAUGUUUACCCGUCGGCCACCGCUACUAUAGCCGCGGCUCUCUGAAUUUUUCAUUUGUUGCGGGCAGCGGGAUUUUAAGCCGGCCGUUUGCGGCAUUUCUCCAUCAGCAACGGAUUUUUCCAGUUAAUUUUGCCGGAGUAAGAGGCUUAGCGGUGACGUUGGCCAGCUUUAAAGGAUCAUUAAUUUAUCGUACAGUUUGGCAAGUUGUUUUGUCAAUAAACUGUACAGUUUUUCUGUGCUUUAAUAUGGCAAAUCAUGGCAUGCAACUAAUCAGCUGUAAUAGAAUUGAUUUUGCACAGUCAUAGUUUACUGAAUGUUGCAAUAUAUCAAAUGAGUUAAAGUUGAAGCUAGUGAGAUGUAUUCUGGACUAUUCCUUUUCGUCUUCCUAUGGUUACUUCAUCAUACUACAAGUUCCGAAAUACCUCUUAUCAAAAAGUGCAUGCACAAUGAUGUGAUGGUUAACUGCGUACCUGUUUGCCCUAAGAUCUGCUCGCUGUACUAUUAUACUCGCAGGUGUAGCCCCCAGAAAUGCAAACGGGGAUGCGCCUGUCCGAAGGGUUGGUUGCGGGAUCUACAUCCCCAAGGCUAUUGUGUUCCGAAGAAGACAUGCCAGCGAUAUAUCAUACAAUAAAAAAGUUUUCUUUAAACUGAAACUAAUGUCUUCUGGCUGCUUUUUUCGCUGUUUUUUCCUGGCAUUUAAACUGUGAAAUUGGGGGCAGAAGAAAGUCUGACGACAAUGGCCGCGAUGAUUUGCAUUUCUAUUUUUCCCCCUAUUUUCCGAGGCUUUUCAAGAACCACUUCUUGGCCUUCCCGCAAUUCUCAUUUCCUAGUGCCUUGCCACUUCGCCAGCUCGCGUUUACGAGUAGUUUGCGGCGCAGUGGAUAUGUCAUGCCCGUGUCAGAAAUUUGUAUUGUGUUGACUUGCAUUUGACAACUUAAUGAAUUUAGCUCUUUCUCUGGGGUCUAUACACCACCCAGAUCGUUGGAACGUUUGGCAUUAUCUUAACCCCAAUACGUGCUGAUAUCCGGAUGCAUUCGGCGGCCCGAUAUUGCAUAAGCUUAUGGCAUUAUGAGAAAACUUUUCAAACGAGAGUAACCCGGAAAAAAACGUCCGUUACGUGCUCCAUAAAAUGUCUGGCAGCCCUGCCUGACCAAGUCGAACACAAAAUAUCUAUAUAUACAUACAUAUAUUUUAGUGGCCGAAUUUCUUAUUUUUUUUUUGACAAUGUGCAAGUUUUUGGGUUGGAAAAAAAAACUUUUUAUUUUUAUGUUGUACCACAACGGAAAGCGGAAGCAGCGCAGAAAAUGUGGUAGAACCUUUAGUGUUUGGUUCCGAAGUCCUCAAGCUCUGUCGGUGAAAAAGGCCCGAGUUGUAUGUGUAAUUUGGUUUUAUGCUUUAUCGCUUGCUUGAUUUUUAUUAUGAUUAUUAUCGUGGGAAUUACGGUGCAACUUUGGGUAGACCAUUCCCAAAAACUUUUCUGAUUGCUGGGACCCUAAAGAAAAGCUUUUUUGUGGCUCUUUCCGAGAAUUUUCUACAGAUUUAUUGGGUUAGCAAGAGGCAUUUUCACUUCUUCGUUGUUUUUUUUUUUGCCCAGGAUGACAAUGAUGAUGAGUGUGUGUCGGAGUUUUUGAUAUCUUGAUCUGAAUUUGAUGGCUUAAUAUAUAUAUAUAUAUGAUGGGUAGAUGAAGAAAUUAUUGCCUCUUUAUAAACAUUACGGGUAUGCAUGUCUACAGGAAGUAUUGAAAACCUUUUCCUAAACAAGAAGUAUAUGUGCUAACGUGUUUAUAGCUUAUUUAUUCUUAUAUCUAUCACUCACGAACCAAGACAUGUAGGGUUAAGAACACUUACCUAGAAAGAGAGAGAGAGAAGAAGGUAAUUAGUUAUACGAAACUCGUAUUAAGAACUUAUUCUAUUCGAUCAUGGAAAUUUAUUGGAAGCAUUUACUAACUAAUCUUAUUAGUUGAUAGAAACUGAAACGAAAAUCGAUUUCUGAGCAGAUAGUUGAACUCAAAACUUCGAUUGCCGCAAAUCCCAUCAAUGUAUGUGCUUCUGGCAUUGCAGCUUAGCCUAAACGAGCCGUUUUCCUUUUGGAAAACCCAGGCCACUAUCAAAUCCAGAGCAUUAAGCCCUCAAAACCAUUUUUUGUUUGUUGCAAUUGCUAUGCAAUGUUGGAAAAAUCUUCAACCACAAAGGACUCAAAACCGAAAGCAAAACAAAACAUCGAGGGUAUGGUAAAACCGAUGUUAAGCAGAGCGAGUGAUGGAAGGGGACUGAGGAAUUUUCCACCUUUCCCUCCCUCUCUCCUCUGCCUACAUAUAUCUAUAUGGUGUAUGUAUGUAUAUUUGUAUGCAAAGAGCCUGGCCAACAAUGGCGGCAAGUUAAAGCCAAAUCGGGGGCCAAGGCGAGAGGUGAGGUGAGAGGUUAGAGGGAGCUCCACAAAAGGCCACUAAAGAGACGUAGAUGUAGAUGCCUCUGUGUGUUUGGGUACAUAUACAUACACACACAUACAUAUAUGUAGAUAUAUAUUUAACAGCAAAGUCAAGCGCUGGCGAUGUGCACAGCACAAAAUCCAAAUUUAAUGACCAAGUAAAAUAGACAGCAAACGAGAGCACCAGGAUACGACAACCAGUAUCCUACACACAUGCCUAUGUGCAUAAGUGUGUAUGCUUGCUUGUUGGCAGGACGGGGGCGUGGCACUAAUGUUAGUUGAAUGUUUGCCGAGCCUUUGUUAUCGGCAUGCGUCUUUUUGCAAUUGGAUAUGCCUUUUAUGCCUCUGGGCUGUGUUAAUGUUGACAGUGCUCGGUCGGUAGAGGAUAGUAGUAGUAGUAGUAGACCGUUGAGCCAAGGACAUGACAGGAGUUGGCAAAACACCCGGCCAUCGUGUUAUUUAGUCCCUGCGAGAAGCCAGCAGAAGGACCCUUUCGACCACGGCCUCGGGCCAAAAGGCAUCAGCCUCGACAUCGCCCCAUCGACAUCCAUACACAACUUUUGAUGCCUGUCCCGCUAGCGCUAGUUCAUCUCCAUCUCUCAUCUGCCUUCUACAGUUCCUGCUCUUCAUUCCCAUCCCUCGCACAUUAUGGCAAAUUAUGACAUUGACAAGUGGCCAGGAGGUGUCACAUUUC